AUGGACUCGUUGUACAACUGGAGUGACAUGACCAAGAUUGGGGUCGCCUUGACGGGUCUUGGCGUCUUCUUCAGCCUCAUGGGCGUUGUGAUGCUCCUCGACAGCAUUCUUCUCACGAUGGGUAAUGUGUUUUUUGUAUCGGGUGUAGCCAUGGUGAUGGGCCCAGCAAGGUGCAAAACCUUCUUCAGCUCGCGGCAGCGUGCAUCUGGCUGCUUCUUCGUGGGCAUGCUCUUUGUGCUGUUUCGUUGGUGUUUCAUCGGGCUGUGCAUCGAGGGCUUCGGCGCGUUGAACUUGUUUGGAAACUUCUUCCCCAUGAUAGCGCGCGUGUUGGAGUCGAUGCCGAUCAUCGGUCCCAUCAUGCUGUCGUACCCCUUUCAGAAAUUGUUCUCGCUGUUGCACCUCAACGAUGGUCGCAACGCGCGUAAUGUGUGA